GUGGCGCUGGUCCCUGUGCACCGGGCAGCUUGCGGCGCCCCCUCCCUUCCCCGGCCAGCAUCGCGCGGGGGAGGAGCGCGCCUGGGCGAGGUGAGCUAAGGAAGGUGCAGAUGGACGCGGACAGAAGUGCGACGCCUGACAACAUGGCCAUGAGAACGGGGGAAAGUAGCUGCCCCACCAAAGGCAAGUCAGAGGCUGAAGAUGGCUCCGGUCGGGUGAUCACCAUUGUCUUCCUGGCACUCCUUAUAGACCUGCUGGGAUUCACUCUUAUUUUGCCACUCCUUCCUUCAAUCCUUGAGUAUUACAGCAAGAAUGAUGAUGGUUUCUAUCUAUCACUGCAGCAUGGCGUGGACUGGUUUGCUGCAGUGUUUGGGGUACCUCUGGAGAGGAAGUACAACACUGUCUUGUUUGGAGGUCUGAUUGGCUCCAUCUUUUCCAUCCUGCAGUUUUUUUCCUCUCCGCUCACGGGCGCUGCAUCUGACUGCUUGGGGAGAAGGCCGAUCAUGUUGUUGACAGUGGUGGGGUUGAUAGCAUCAUAUGCACUCUGGGCUAUCUCUAGGAGUUUUGGUAUUUUUCUUCUCUCCAGAGUCCUAGGUGGAAUAAGUAAAGGGAAUGUCAGCCUGUCUACUGCUAUAAUUGCUGACCUGCACUCUCCAAAAACUAGGAGCAAGGGCAUGGCAAUGAUUGGUGUUGCUUUCUCACUUGGAUUUACCGUGGGUCCUAUGAUUGGAGCUUACCUUGCCAUGGAAACAGGGAAAGGAGAAGUCUUCUAUCUUCGGUCAGCUUUGCUUGCGCUCACGUUUGCUGUUGCUGACUUAAUUUUCAUCUUCUUCCUGCUUCCGGAGACACUCCCCAAAGAAAAACGGGUAUCCUCCAUGAUGUGUGGAUUUCAGGCAGGGAGUGACUUGCUUAGUCCGCUGGCUUUGUUUCAGUUCUCUGCAGUCACCAGAGGAAAGAACUCACCUUCGAGGGAGAACCUUCAGAAUCUCAAGGUCCUGGGCCUAGUUUAUUUCCUCUAUCUCUUCCUGUUUUCUGGUCUUGAAUACACGUUGAGUUUUCUCACCCAUCAGCGAUUCCAGUUCAGCAGUAUGCAGCAGGGCAAGAUGUUUUUCUUUAUUGGGAUGACAAUGGCUGUGAUCCAGGGAGGCUACACUCGCCGAAUCAGACCAGGAUGUGAAAUCAAAGCCGUAAAAAGGGCUAUAAUGCUGCUGAUUCCAGCUUUCUUGUUAAUUGGAUGGGCUGGUAAUGUGACGGUGCUGAGUGCUGGACUGUUGCUCUAUUCUUUCGCCGCUGCCAUUGUUGUUCCUUGUUUGUCAGCAGUGGUGUCAGGCUAUGGCUCAGCCAGCCAGAAGGGAACAGUAAUGGGAAUUCUGAGGAGCCUGGGGGCCCUAGCAAGAGCUCUGGGACCAAUCUUGUCAGCAGCAGUUUAUUGGCUGGCAGGAGCUGAGGUUUGCUUCACUGUUUGUGCAGUUUUGUUCCUGCUUCCCCUCAUUCUUCUUGGUUACAUAAAGCAGCAAACAAAGGAGGAAUAACCAAAGAGAGGAGCAACAUUAUGACUUUUACAGAACUACUCAUUUUCCAAGGGACUUCUAAAGUGGUGGAGAGUCAGAUGUCAAGAAGCGAUUUAAAAUGGAACACUGUGUUCUGAUUUACUGGAAGGCCAAUUCAAAUUCCACUCACCAGCAUAUACACCAUUGUGACAAAAUUGAUUUUUCUUACACACCCUAAUCCUCAAGGAGAUGGAAACCCAGUUAGUUAUUCUCUCCAGCACUGCCUGUGAGCCAGUUUGACUAGCUUUGAGAUCAGAAGUAUCUGACUCAAGUGCGUGUCGUUCAGCAAGUUGUAUUCCUGCUACAUAAAAUGGUGAGAUCAUGCUAGCUACAUGGGCAGAAAAAGGUUGAAUUCAACAAGCUGAGACUCACUCCACAACAGAAUUUCAUGCUUAAAUUAACUACAGUUCCCAACCAGAGGCAGCAUGUAAAAUGCCAUCAUUUCUCACAGAAUCAUGUGCACAAUAUAAUGGUUUUUACAUAUCCUUCCUGUGCCCAUUUCAUUUUAAUCACUGGCUGCUCAUUCUGGUGCUCUCACAGAACAUGGAUUAGCAGAGUUUUCAGGCAGCUACAUAAUGGGGAAAUUGAUCAAGACCCAGCCACCUGAAUUGGUUCAUGGUGAGAAAAUACAACCGCUCCCCUAUUGUGUGAGGGUCAUAUUGAGAUUAUUUUGCCAAACCCUUUGCACCACCCCCUUCAGUUAGUGGCAUUUGUUAGGGGCAGGUCUCUUUGGUAAAAUUUGUAUCUAGUGCCUUAAGCUGGCGUGGUUUUUUUUUUUGGGGUUGUUUUUUGGGGGGGUUCGUAUCCUGAGUUUCGUAUGACCUGUGAGAGAGCCUUCUAUCAAUCUUGACUCUAUUCCUACUGUUCUGCCAAGGGAUCAUAAAUGAACAAGUGGCCUGUGAUAUACAAUAUAAUUGGGAAAGUGUUUUAGCUACAUUUUAUACGCCUAAUAAUUUGUGUAACAGGUUUUUCAGUACUGAGCAUUUAUCAAAUAUUUGUAUUUUGCACUACAAAGAGUUAAUUGCAAAUUGGUCUACUGCAGUUAGUGUGGUUAGUAAGAUGCCCUGUAAUAACAUGCAUAUUUUCAAAUUGUCCUUUUGUUAGUCAGUCAUUGGCCUACCUAAAGCUCUAGCUGACUGCACUUCUGCUUAGGA